ACAGGGAAUGAAAUAGACUGCUACACACACUUUAGUGCACUAUGUGUUCAAUGGGGAGGCAUUUGUUAUUCAGCCCUCGUCCGCCUUACGUCAUCAUUACGCGUCAGUGUUUAUCAUUAAAAGUGGCUAGCUGCGCGUUAAAAAAAAUCCCGAAUAAAGACUUGGAUAAAACAUAUGUCAACAGGGCCUUGAGCACUGAAUGAGGUGUCGUGUUUUCUCUGCGUGUUCCUCCUUGUGGAGCUGAGAUGGGCCAGCAAAUCUCUGGUCAGGCUGCGAUGGGCAAGCUUCCCGAGAAGCUACUCAAACAUGCCGGAUUAGUGCGGGAUAGUAGCUAUCUCACCUACGAGGAGUUUCUGGCCCAUAUAGCAGAGCUGAAUGAAGUAACUGCUAAGCUGGCAAUUGGCCAACCAAAGCAUCUCCUCUUUGAAGUUCAGCCCGGAUCUGAUGCGUCUGCUCUGUGGAAAGUGGCUGUAAGGAUAGUGUGCACUAAGAUAAAUAAGGAGGAUGGUAUGGUGGAAGCGUCACGCAUUAUGAACCUGUAUCAGUUUAUUCAGCUCUACAAAGACAUCACCAGCCAAGCAGCUGAAGUGCUGGCAGCAGAGGGCAGUAUGGAGUGUUCCUCUGGACAACUUUUCUCUGCAGGCUCCUGCCAGGCCAGCAUGUGGAUGGGCAGGGUGAAGCAGCUGACGGAUGAGGAAGAGUGCUGUAUCUGUAUGGACGGAAAAGCAGAUCUUAUUCUGUCUUGUGCUCACAGCUUCUGUCAGAAAUGUAUUGAUAAGUGGAGUGGUCGAAACUGUCCUAUCUGCCGGAUCCAGCUGACGGCUGCCAAUGAACCAUGGGUAAUGUCUGACGCGCCUACAGAGGAGGACAUAGCCAGCUACAUUCUCAAUCUAGCUGAUGAGGCUGGCCACCCUCACAGACCUUAAUUUGAAGCACUACAUUACUUCUACAUUCACUGUCUCUCAUUAUUAGUCUGAUUUACUGACUGAAAGAUGCUGUUUUGAAUGAUGUAGGUUAUUGACGUGAUCUUUAUUGUCUUAUAUACAGGCAGCAAUAACCAUUCACUGGGCCUCAUUUAUCAAGCUGGAUACAUACUAAGUUAUUAGUAAAUCAUUCGCAGGAGUAUUUAUGAAAAAAAUUGCUAUUCAUGAAAAACCAGUUAGUUUGAAAAUUUGUUCGUAUCUUGUACAUUUCAUAUUAGUGACAUAUUAGUGAAAGCUAUCCAAAACAAACCCAUAAAUUAAGACAAAUAAGACUAGCUAUUCAAUAAGAACAAAAGAAAUACUGCCAUAUAAAAGGAGAAAGAGUUAGUGUGUGCUCACGGUAUCCGACAUACUUCAGUGGCUUAUCUGCAUUACUGGAUAGAUUUAGCACAUGCAGCACUAAGGAGGUGUUCUUUCAUCAUAUACUUUUUCUUUUGUUGUAUUCAGCUCACUGUGAACUUUGCCUUUUAUGGAGUUUUGUGGGCAUCACUAAAUGCAAAUCAGCUGUGCCAUGAAUGCACUUUGCACUUUAUGGGUGAUUUGCAUUCAUCAAUAUAUGCACUUGACGAAAACUACUGAAACUUUUGCAAAUCUGGCAGGAUUUAUUUAGUUUUUUUGUCUGGCUUGCAAAAAGAGUUACACAAAUAUUACUUAAUUAUUGAUAAAUGAGGCCCAUUGUCAUUUAGAUUUAUGUGAUUUGUUCAACUUCACUAGAAAAGUUUUAUUGUGUGAAAUGUAUUGACUAAUUGCUGCUUUAAUUUUGAAUCUCUCAUUGGUUGUGUAUAGGAAUGAAUGAAAAGAAAUGGAAGUUCUAGCUACCUUCCGUGGUGCUAGUGACUGUUUUGAGAACGUACAACUGCAUAAUGUUUUCUUUUAUUUCUCAGAAGUGUUGGAAGUCACUUAAGUUUGUAAGUUUGUAGGCUGAAUAGAAGUGCAUCUACUAUGAGUUCUGCAUUAGACACCUUGUUUCUUCUGGUGAACUUACUAAGAUUUGUAAGGCUGUUUAAAUAAGGUGUUCUGGGAUAUAAUAAGUGUUUUCAUAUAGGUCAGUUAUUUAGUGGUGACUAGAAUAAAUGUUUAAGCUAACAAAAAUUUGCUUGAUUUAGUCUAUAUAAUGUGAAAAGAUUUCAGCAGUUAUAGCUACUGGGGAUAUUUAAAAUGUUUACUUAUAUAUUAGGACUAGUAUCUUUUUUUGCCCUGUUAAUUUUGCAGUUAAUUAUUUAAUAUGCAUUUUCUGGUUUGCUAUGUAUGACCUAUGAUAUGAUAAUAUAAGAGCAGCACACUAGAUGUAUAUUUUUCUUGAUUAUAAUCCUCAUAAUUAAAACUUUUUAAAUGUCUAAACACUUAUGAGCUCAUUAUGCUGUUAACCUGUUUCUUCCACAACAAUAUUGAGUAUCAAUAAAAGUAUCUUUUAUACA